UAUGCGUUUAUACACAUAAUUCUCAAGCGGUAGUUACUUAAGUUCUAAACUUGGCAGGCUUUAAGACCCAGUGAUGCUCCUCCUAUUUCUUUGUAGUUUUGUUUCCUCGGCUCACACCGCAGAGAAUUAGGAACCGAAUGUCAGCAGGUGAAAAUAACUAAAAUCCAGAGCUAUCUAACGGAAGAUCGGGGCAGUGUGGGUGACAGGCUCUGGGAUGUACACAAACUAUUGGCAGUCCAAGUGAUUCCUUGGUCUUUGGAAUUUAUUCAGGCUCGCCCUCGUUUUCUUUGCGCGCUCCCAGGGUCUUGCCUAAAUCACACUGAACGGAAUCUUACUGCAGCACUGUACUCUUAGGCACAACUUUCCCAUCUUCCACAGGAUCAGUAUAAAGAAAGACAUCCCUCCUUCCAGGUGUAAAUAUCAGCUAUGAGGGAGAGGGUGCACAGUUUUCAGUAUUUAUUCAUCUGCUGUUCUUUGAUGAUAUUGUGGCACGCGAGAUCGUUAGGGGCUGACCCAACAACAGAUGCAUUCAAAAAUAAUAUUACUCUCUUCACAAGAAUUCUUGACAGACUACUGGAUGGCUAUGAUAAUCGCCUUAGACCUGGAUUAGGAGAUCGGGUAACAGAAGUAAAGACUGAUAUCUAUGUUACUAGUUUUGGACCAGUUUCUGAUACUGACAUGGAAUACACCAUAGAUGUUUUCUUCCGACAAAGCUGGAAAGAUGAAAGGUUAAAAUUUCAUGGACCAAUGAACAUCCUUCGAUUGAACAACCUGAUGGCAAGCAAAAUCUGGACUCCAGACACUUUCUUCCAUAAUGGAAAGAAAUCAGUUGCUCACAAUAUGACAAUGCCAAACAAGCUGCUAAGAAUUCAAGAAGAUGGGACACUAUUAUAUACAAUGAGACUGACUGUUCAGGCAGAGUGUCCCAUGCAUCUUGAAGACUUUCCCAUGGAUGCCCAUGCCUGUCCUCUGAAGUUUGGCAGCUAUGCAUACACAAUCACAGAAGUAACAUAUAUUUGGACUCGAAAUGCAUCAGAAUCAGUGGUGGUUGCAGAAGAUGGUUCCCGAUUAAACCAAUAUGAUUUGCUUGGUCAAACUGUUGGAAAAGAGACUAUUAAAUCUAGUACAGGUGAAUAUACAGUCAUGACAGCACAUUUUCACUUGAAAAGGAAGAUUGGCUAUUUUGUUAUUCAGACUUACUUACCAUGCAUCAUGACAGUCAUUCUGUCUCAAGUGUCAUUUUGGUUGAACAGAGAGUCUGUGCCUGCAAGGACAGUUUUUGGAGUUACAACUGUGCUUACGAUGACAACACUGAGUAUCAGUGCCCGCAAUUCGCUCCCUAAGGUGGCCUACGCAACUGCUAUGGAUUGGUUCAUCGCUGUGUGUUACGCUUUUGUCUUCUCUGCACUGAUAGAGUUUGCAACAGUGAAUUACUUUACAAAACGUGGAUGGGCCUGGGAUGGGAAAAGUAUAGUGAAUGACAAGAAGAAAGAAAAGGCCUCCAUCAUUAAGAAAAACAAUGCAUAUGCAGUGGCAGUAGCGAACUAUGCACCAAAUAUUACAAAGGACUCUGUGCUACCCACAAUAUCCAAAAGUGCCACCUCAGAUCCAAACAAGACCAAACCAGAAGCCAAACCAGUGGAAAACAAGAAGACAUUCAACAGUGUAAGCAAAAUUGAUAGGAUGUCACGAAUAAUGUUUCCUGUUCUAUUUGGAAGUUUUAACCUAGUUUACUGGGCUACAUAUUUAAACAGGGAACCUGUCAUAAAAGGUCUGGUACCGUCAAAGUAGAUGUUCAAACACAAUGUAAAUUAUUCUAAAUAUAGGACUGAAGACAUGCCAAAUACAACAAAUAACUGCUAAUCUAUGUGCUUUGGUAAAUUGGCCUAAGAUAGCCAAGCUUUUUAAAUUUUAUUUAAGAAUUUUUCCCCAAUUUAUUUCUGCAAAGCUCUUUGAUUAACUUGUCAUUAGGUUGUACUGUAUAUACAUUGUUUCAGAAUAUUCAUUUUUGAUAAUUUUUCUUCACACAGUAUAUUUGUGCUUCAGAUGUUUUUAGUCAUGUUAUGAAUCCCUGCUUUAAAAAUAUUUUUCUUCAUUUUUGUGAUAUGAGACUAAUAAAAUCAUUGAUGAUGUGUGCACUUCAAUUUGUUCAGCUUGUUAGCAUAAGCUCUUGUAGGCAGCAGUUGUAUAGCUUAGUGUUGUCUUCAGUUAGUGUUUUUUAAUGGACCAAAAUACCUACAAGUGCUUAAAUUUUGAAAGAUGUUUCAUAGCAAAAUAUUUUGUAUUUAAUUUUCUGUGAUAAUAUUUAUGAAAGCUUUGAUUUUGUUUCCUACACAGGGUUUUAUUGCUAUGGAAAAUUGGUACUCUGUUUUAUUGCUAAUCUAAUCUUAUGUUCUGUCAUUAUGUACAUAUACUGUCUUUGGUUAGUAUUAUUCCAAAAUUAUUUAAUACAUUACAAUCAGUUACAGAUUGUGCAUUGGCUUGUUUUUUAAAGGAAAGUUGAUUUAUUAUUAUUAUAAUUAUUAUAUUAAUACACUGUAUAAAAAUCAAGCCCUUAUUUGUAUAUUUUUAUGUACUGAGAAGAAUUAUUAUGUAUAUAACCCAUAAAUUAUGGACUAAAGAUUUUUUAAAUUAUUCACAAAAACAUUUUCUUUUUAAAUACAUAACAACAAUCUAGCAUUGUAACACUUAGUAUUUUGCAUUAUGAGUAUGACUACUUCUUUUUAGUGGCCAAAUAUUAAAUUGCAGGGAAUAAUUUUUAAGAUUAAAUGGCUGAUUUGUGUUAAAUAAUACAUUAUUUAAAUUGGAGAAAUUGUAAUAAAUAAUAUCUAAUUUAACUUAAAGUAAUCUUUGAGGAAUAUGUUUGAAUAAAAUCAUUGUAUUUCUAUAUAAUAUAUACUGCAAUUCUUUGGAGCAGGUCAUCAUGUUGUACUGAAGAACAUUUUAGAUAUAUAAAUUCAAUGUUUAUUUUUUAUUAAUUUUACAUAAAUUAGCAGUUGUUAGUUGAUCUGAACAUGGAUAAAUCUUUGUUAUAAACAUUUAUAUUGUAAGUAAAUAUGUAGUUUAGUGCACAUUGUUACAGUAGUGUACAGUAAUUAUUCUAAUAUGUUCAGAGCUGUGGCACACAUUAAAUCUCAGUACACCGUAUAUAUGUUUAUUAAAAUAUUGGGAGGGUCUGACAUGGAACUGGAGAAAGAUUGAUCAGAUAUUCUUUUGAUGUUAAAACUCAUUGUUUCAUAAAGCAAUUCCUUUAUUAUAAUUCUUUAGUCCUUUGCAUGGUGGUAUUACUGUCAAAGUCACAUUAUAAUUAAAAAAAAAUAAACUUUUUAACACCUUUUUCUUGUUCAGCUCCCAAUUAAAGUUGUCAUUAAACCUGAAAUGAAUUUCUUCCUCCUACAGUCAAAUUGUCAAACUGAAAGAUGCACUUUAACAAAGUCUAUUAUUUCACUUGUUCUAGGCAUUUUUUAUUUUCCAAUUACUUUAAAAAGAAUUGUAUGAUAGUAUAGUAUGCAGAGUAUGUUAAGCAAUAAAACCCACUUGAUAUUACACAUGAUAUAUUGAAAUGUAAGGAAGUGGAAGCUUUUUAAUAUGCCUAGGACAUUUCCAUGAUGCCUUUUUUUCUAAAUUAAGUUGCAAAGUAUCUUGUAAUAAUCUGUGUUGUGAAGCAAACAUAUACUGAUGCACAAAGUAAAAUCAACUAUGGUUUCCAAUGCAUUUAAUUUAGUAAUUUGUCCAAAGUCACAGAAAAUGUGAACAAAUUGUUUAAGUGAAAAUAUUAAAAGGUUAGUAUCACAUGUGACCUUAAUGUGCAUUACUUUAAUCUUGGCAAUGGUAAUUCAUAGACUUGGUAAAUUUCUGGAGGGAUUCUUUUGUUAUUUUUUGCUAUUUUUCCAUCAUGCACCAUUGAAGUGGCAAAGCUGUUUCUUGUUUAUGGUAUUAUCAUAUUGAUAUACUAGAUUUUCUACUUGAUUAAGGUCAGAAGAAGAAGCUUCCCAUGGCAAAACCUUGAUUGGUGUAAUCAAUCAUAGUGUGAUCUUAUAUUGUCUGGCUGGAAAAUUGAAACUUCUGUAUUGGCUCGCAAAAAUUGAAAAACUGGUGUCUCAGGGAUUUUGUCAAUGUAUUGCUGAGAAGUAAGGAUGCCGUCAAUCUACAACAAACAUUUUGUUUUGUGUGUGUGUUAGAAGAGAUUCCUCCCCACAUCAUAAUACUUCCAAAAUCUCAUUUGUUAGCUUGAAUAAUGCAACAAAAUGCUUAAAACACCCCACGACUCUCUCUGUUGCAGUUUCAGAUGUUUUGUGAAAUGAAUAUGAUGAUUUUAUCUCUCACCAAAUGACUCCCUAAUAUUUAAGUGGUGAGCUACUUAACCCUGCGAAGAUUAUUCCUUCCUGAAAUUCCCCAUACUGUACUCUUGGCAGUUUGAAAAUUAUUAGGCAGAUGGCUAAGAUAAAUUAAAUGUACCCUGAUCGGUGUAGGUACCAUGUACUUCUGCCUUUAAGGAUAUAGCCUUUUUCGCACAGAGCAGAUGUCUCAGAAGCAGACUGAUUAUUAUUUAAGCACAUCUGAUUAUUAUUCUCCAUUAAAGUUUUCUCACAAUCAAGCCAUCUUCAAACAAAAUGGUUUUAAUGGUAGUUGGUCUGUUAUCUCCCCAUGGCUGAUUUUGUAAGAAACCAAGAUAUCUUAAUUACUCAAGUGGUGCAUGGUUGUACCAUUAAUUGUUCUUGUUUAUUUAAAUUUCUUGAGUGUUUUUAAAGAUUAUUUACAGGGCUGAUUUUUGUUCCGAUUUCUAGAGGAUGGGCUAUUAAAGGCAUAAUUAUUUUAUUUUUCUGGGGUAUACAAAUUAAUCAGUAAGGAUGAUCAUUUUUAUUAUAUUUAAGAGUUAGAUUUUAUUACUUCAAGGUAAUAGCACUGUAUAUGAAUCACUUAAUUGCCAGAAACCUCAGCAACGUUUUAUAAAUAUACUGUAUCGACAAAAUAGAUAAAUAUUUUAUUUGAUUGAACUCAAUGCUUGAUUACAAAACAACAUGUUCAACAAAUGUUAAUCCAUAAACAUAACACAUGACUGAGAACAUGAUUUGCAGAAUAAGGCUCCAAAUUUUUCAGUCAAUCGAAACUUUUCUUUGGCUAAUGCUAUUUGUAAGGAUGUGAUGGGUUACACUUGAAAGAGUAUAAGGAAGCUUAUUGCAAGAAACUAAAAAUACAUUUAAAAACACUAAGAAGGAAUGGAAAUGUAAGAAUGGGAGGAUAGAACCUGCAGGGUAGAUAUACAGGGAAACAAAAAUAGUAUACCGGAGAAAAACAAAAAACACUAAGGGAUUAAAUUAUUAUAUCUAAAUUAAGGAUUAAAUAAGAAAAAUUAGGAGCUACUCCAUUAGCAGUCAAUUACAACACAAUUGGAAUUUGAAUUAUACAUUCCAAGAUAUGCAGACUUCUGAGGAAACAGGAAAUAGAAAAACAUAAAUAGAAGAGGUGGUGGUUUAGAACUAAACAUCAAAAAGAGUAUCCAGACAGAGGAAUUUAACAUAUUCAUGGAUCUGAUUUGACCUCUCAGAUUCAAAUUGUACUUAUGGUGCAGUGAACAAAAUAAAAUAUAAUAUAUAUUAAAUAUAAUCAAAUCAGUUAUGUGCAAAGGAAGAAAUGAACAUCUUUGGAUAUUCUAAUUUUCCUCACAUUAACUAGGAAACAGCAUCAAGGAUCAAAUCAGUAGUUAAAACUACAAUUGGCAACCCACUGAAGCUAAACUGGUGUGAGUCUGGUUAGUGCCUGGAUGAGAGACCAGAGAGCUACUUGAAGAGGUAUUAGAGGGGCCUAUAGGGGGUCCUAAUGCCCUAGUAUAGUGACGGUGCUGUC